CCAGAGUGAUGAAGAGCUUCAGCACGCACUAUGUGCAAGAGAGCAGCCCCGUGACCCACCCUGGUGUCUGGGGGGCGCAGGACCUCGAGACGGCCGAGACGCCACUCGCGAUGCUCGAGCCCGAGGCUAUGAGCAUCUCGACGCAGCGCGCGCGCAUCGGACUCCAAGCGCGCCAAGAUUUGCGGCACCAUUUUGUCAACGUCCCCGUGCCGUGCUUGCUCUUCUUCGCCUUUAUCGCGAUGGUGUUGACGCACACGCCGAUCCACCAAGUGUACUUGGCCGACCACGGCGUCUCGUCGUCGCUCAACCCCAAGGCCUCGGAUGUCGUGCAGUCCAAGACGAUUGUCAACUUUAUGAAGAUUCGGGCCAUGGACGACAUUCCCAAGUGGAUCAACAACUCGGUGCUGCCGUCCGUCUUUACAAAGACCGCUGUCAACGGAACGAUCUUGCCGCCAGAGCUCCAAGGGCGCAUUAGCUCGUACAACCAGCUCGUGGGUGCAGUCGAGUUUUCGAUUUUUAACACGCGCAUGACCAAGUGCGAAAGCGACUCGCUCCUCGCCAAGCGCUACGGGCCGUGCUUUGAUUUUUCAAUGGAGUCGGACGUCAAGGAAGGCGAUCUCGCGACGCGCAACUUGCGUCGACAGCCGUGGUACACCAUGUACAUUCCGAUCGCAAAUCCGGAUCCGUACGCGCGCUUUAAGCGCUGGGUCGACGAAGGCAGUGCUGGCGGCUACUUCCUCUCGAUGGCGACGCGCGAGUUCCACGUCAAGAUCACCACGUACAACGGCGAGCUCGACAUGUUCUCGUACCUCCACUUUGAAAUCCAUGUCGAAGAGGGCGGCGCGUAUACGCCAACGUACUCGGUGCAGAGCGUCCCGACCAACCCGUACUCGACGUCGGUGCUCAACACGAUCCUCGACAUCAUCGUCGGCAUCUUUGUCCUCGCGGUCCUCGGCCGCCGCCUCCUUACGAUCAAGCGCCAAAUUUGUCGCCAAGUUGCUUGGCGCUGCGACGCGCGCACGACGUUCAUCGAGUGGUGCUCGAUUCUCUGCGUCGGCUUGUACUAUGCGGCGUGGGUCCAGAUUUGCCAAAAGUUCUUUGCGUCGCACUUUGAGGACGAACUCGCCAAGUUGACGACGUUCUAUGACGACUUGUACAAGCUGCCGCUCGCCGAGCAGCGCAUCCAGAUGGGCAAGAGCAACCAGCCCGACGUCUCGGACUUUAUCGACACAUUCGGUCCGUCAAUCCAGUUUCUCUAUGUGAUUUCGAUCGUCGCGUGCCUCCAGCUCGUGGUCCAUGUGCUCGCGGCGUUUCAGUUUCACCCGACCAUGAACAUUUUGACCAACACGAUUGUGGCCAGUCUCAAGCGCCUCGGCGCGUUCCUCUUCAUCUUCCUCUUGGUCGUCAUGGCGCUCGCGACGUCCGGGUGCCUCCUCUUUGGCCCGCAGCUCGACGAAUUCUCGAGCUUGCACAAGUCGAUGGUGACGUGCAUCAACAUGCUCUUUGGCGGCUACAGCUACGACAUGAUCAAGGACUACAACGACCUCGCGAUCCUUUGGUACUGGGCGUCGCAGUCGAUCAUCACGCUCGUCUUGAUCAACAUCAUGCUCGCGGUCAUCAUCGCAGCGCACGAAGACGUCGUUACGACCAACGAAGGCAAGCGGUCGUUCAUCACCGAGUUCAUCGCUGUGCUCCAAGACGUGCUCUCGAUCUACGUUCUGCGGCGCCCGGACCACCUUCGUCGGCUCGAGACCAUUUUGAACCAAGACGUCAACGGCACGACGGUCUGGACUGCCAAGCAGAUCGCCCAAGCCAUCAACGUCACGGACCUCCAAGGCGAGAAGACGAUCCGGAAGCUCGAGGUGUUUGCCAAUACGGUGUCCUCCUCGGAGCGCACGGUGCUGCCGUCGAAGGCAGCGUCGAUGCUGGAUGCGGCGGCGGUCCUCGCCAAGGUCGCCAGCAUGGACGCCAAGGUCCAGGACGUCGACGCCAAGCUCGCUUUCAUCGUGGAGCUCCUCCGACAGCAGCAGCAGACCCACCUCUAAGCGAUAUCAAUUAAUUAUACCAAGAGUUUCCUAUCUGACCGACA